AGAGAAGAAGCCUGUCCUCUCUCCUUUGCAUUAUAACUUGUUUGCUCCUUCCUUGUCACUUUCUCCCUCAGAUUCCAUUUCCUAGAACUUUGGAGUCAUCUUAGAAUCCCUAGGGGUAAUCAGAGAGGCUAAUUAAGCUAUAGAGGCCCCAUUAGCCAUAAGACUAUUAGUAUUCAUUAGAUCUGUUGGCAGCAGAAGUUGGACUAUGGUCAUUGAAAAGUGCCACAUGGGUAGAGUCCUUUCUCUAGGAUGUCAGUAUCCCAGAACCCUCUUCUGAGUGUUCCCAGAGAGCUGCUGGAACAGGAAUGGUGUGCUGCAUAAAAGUAGGCAGCAGAGAUGUCCCAAGGGCAGAGGCUGCAGAGAAAGUUCUUGCAUCAUCAGAAAGGAAAAGGGCUGGGCUGUUCUUGAACACCCAAACUGCUUCCCUAACCCAACAAGCCCUAAAUGAGUGGGUGGAGAUCAGGGUGUUUGAUGGGGUAGUCAAUAAGUGCUUUUCAGCAUCAUUCAUUUAUUGAACAGAUAUUUAUUUAGCACCUACUCUAUGUACUACAAAUUAUCUCCUUUCCUCUGACUGUCAGGUGGACACUCUGGCAUCCUAUUCCCAUGUAACCAUAUUUGGAUUAAUAGCCCCAAAUUAUGAAUCCCCAGCUUUACACAAUCAUGUGUACAACCAAUAUUGAGCACCCACUACAUACUGGGAAGGGUAUCCCAGGCAGACAGAACAGUAAGACUCAUUGCUCUGAGCAGGGGAGAGCUUGCGAUGCCUGAGGAACAGAAAGGAGCGCAGUGAGACCAGAUGCCGGGGUGUGAGGAGAGAGUGGAACAAGAGGAAGGCAGAGUGACAAGCAGAGGCACUACCACAUGGCCUUGGGCUGGAGCCUUGGAUUUUCCAUCUAUCAACUGCCUUAGGAAAUCCAAGCUUCUCUGAGCUCCAGUUUCUUCAUCUGUAGAAUUGUAAUGCCAAUAAUUUCCUAUGUCUCAUGAUUUGAUUCUAAUUGUUAGUACAGUAAUAACAAGCAUUUCUUGUAGGCCUCCUAAAUGUCAGGCAUUAUAUGAGCGACUUUUCAUAUAUUGUUUUACUUAAGCCACACAACUGUGAAAAAUGGUUCUCAUUCUCCCCAUUUUACAGAUAUAACUUCCCCAAGUCACACAGCGGUAUCAGAGCUAGGAAUGGGACCCAGAUAUGACUGAUCCUAGUUCUGUUCCAAAACCGUGCUGUAUUAUAUUAAUGUAAGAUAUGUUCUUAUCAUUAUUGAAUCAAGGCAAGUCGCCCACUGCACCUUGGUUCCUGGAUCCAGCAGCCAAAACUUGGGUCUCCCUAAGCACUGCUGACCUAGCGGAGUGGAAGGAAGUUCCCAGGAACCAAGACAGUAGCACUCGGCUCCAUCGUCCCGGGACUGGGAAACACUAGAUCUGUUGGCAGCAGAAGUUGGACUAUAGUCAUUGAAAAGUGCCAGAUGGGUAGAGUCCUUUCUCUAGGAUGUCAGUAUCCCAGAACCCUCUUCUGAGGAAGAGACUCUGUGGGUACCCAGAGUCUCUUCCCCUGCCUCUUCCCUACCCCGCGCCUAGGUCCCCACCCUUCCCUAGUGGAGCUCCGCGGAACGCAGUCCAGGCGGGGCCGGGGCUAGGGACCUUGCCAGGGCUAGUUCUGUGUCGCGCGUCAGAAGCGCUAGAGGUCGUUGCGUGGCGUGGGUGGCUCGGGGAGUGGGUGGCUGAGCGGAGCUGGGGUCCCUGGCCAGAGGCGGAACAAAAUGGGGUCAUGGCCAGGAAGACGCGCUAACGCAGCCUACCCUCUGAAGAGGUCCAAGCAACGGAAGUACUACUACGAAGCUGCCUUUCUGGCCAUCCUUGAGAAAAACAGACAGAUGGCCAAGGAGAGGGGCCUAAUAAGCCCCAGUGAUUUUGCCCAGCUGCAAAAAUACAUGGAAUACUCCACCAAAAAGGUCAGUGAUGUCCUAAAGCUCUUCGAGGAUGGCGAGAUGGCUAAAUAUGUCCAAGGAGAUGCCAUUGGGUACGAGGGAUUCCAGCAAUUCCUGAAAAUCUAUCUGGAAGUGGAUAAUGUCCCCAGACACCUAAGCCUGGCACUGUUUCAAUCCUUUGAGACUGGUCACUGCUUAAAUGAGACAAAUGGGACAAAAGAUGUGGUGUGUCUCAGUGAUGUUUCCUGCUACUUUUCCCUUCUGGAGGGUGGUCGGCCAGAAGACAAGUUAGAAUUCACCUUCAAGCUGUACGACACGGACAGAAAUGGGAUCCUGGACAGCUCAGAAGUGGACAAAAUUAUCCUACAGAUGAUGCGAGUGGCUGAAUACCUGGAUUGGGAUGUGUCUGAGCUGAGGCCGAUUCUUCAGGAGAUGAUGAAAGAGAUUGACUAUGAUGGGAGUGGCUCUGUCUCUCAAGCUGAGUGGGUCCGGGCUGGGGCCACCACCGUGCCACUGCUAGUGCUGCUGGGUCUGGAGAUGACUCUGAAGGAUGAUGGACAGCACAUGUGGAGGCCCAAGAGGUUCCCCAGACCAGUCUACUGCAAUCUGUGCGAGUCAAGCAUUGGUCUUGGCAAACAGGGACUGAGCUGUAACCUCUGUAAGUACACUGUUCACGACCAGUGUGCCAUGAAAGCCCUGCCUUGUGAAGUCAGCACCUAUGCCAAGUCUCGGAAGGACAUUGGUGUCCAGUCACAUGUGUGGGUGCGAGGAGGCUGUGAGUCCGGGCGCUGCGACCGCUGUCAGAAAAAGAUCCGGAUCUACCACAGUCUGACGGGGCUGCAUUGUGUAUGGUGCCACCUAGAGAUCCACGAUGACUGCCUGCAAGCGGUGGGCCAUGAGUGUGACUGUGGGCUGCUCCGGGAUCACAUCCUGCCUCCAUCUUCCAUCUAUCCCAGUGUCCUGGCCUCUGGACCGGAUCGUAAAAAUAGCAAAACAAGCCAGAAGACCAUGGAUGAUUUAAAUUUGAGCACCUCUGAGGCUCUGCGGAUUGACCCUGUUCCUAACACCCACCCACUUCUCGUCUUUGUCAAUCCUAAGAGUGGCGGGAAGCAGGGGCAGAGGGUGCUCUGGAAGUUCCAGUAUAUAUUAAACCCUCGACAGGUGUUCAACCUCCUAAAGGAUGGUCCUGAGAUAGGGCUCCGAUUAUUCAAGGAUGUUCCUGUUAGCCGGAUUUUGGUGUGUGGUGGAGACGGCACAGUAGGCUGGAUUCUAGAGACCAUUGACAAAGCUAACUUGCCGGUUUUGCCUCCUGUUGCUGUGUUGCCCCUGGGUACUGGAAAUGAUCUGGCUCGAUGCCUAAGAUGGGGAGGAGGGUAUGAAGGACAGAAUCUGGCAAAGAUCCUCAAGGAUUUAGAGAUGAGUAAAGUGGUACAUAUGGAUCGAUGGUCUGUGGAGGUGAUACCUCAACAAACUGAAGAAAAAAGUGACCCAGUCCCCUUUCAGAUCAUCAAUAACUACUUCUCUAUUGGUGUGGAUGCCUCUAUUGCUCAUCGAUUCCACAUCAUGCGAGAGAAAUAUCCGGAGAAGUUCAACAGCAGAAUGAAGAACAAGCUAUGGUACUUCGAAUUUGCCACAUCUGAAUCCAUCUUCUCAACAUGCAAAAAGCUGGAGGAGUCUUUGACAGUUGAGAUCUGUGGGAAACCGCUGGAUCUGAGCAACCUGUCCCUAGAAGGCAUCGCAGUGCUAAACAUCCCUAGCAUGCAUGGUGGCUCCAACCUCUGGGGUGAUACCAGGAGACCCCAUGGGGAUAUCUAUGGGAUCAACCAGGCCUUAGGUGCUACAGCUAAAGUCAUCACCGACCCUGAUAUCCUGAAAACCUGUGUACCAGACCUAAGUGACAAGAGACUGGAAGUGGUCGGGCUGGAGGGUGCAAUUGAGAUGGGCCAAAUCUAUACCAAGCUCAAGAAUGCCGGACGUCGGCUGGCCAAGUGCUCUGAGAUCACCUUCCACACCACAAAAACCCUUCCCAUGCAAAUUGACGGAGAACCCUGGAUGCAGACGCCCUGUACAAUCAAGAUCACCCACAAGAACCAGAUGCCCAUGCUCAUGGGCCCACCCCCCCGCUCCACCAAUUUCUUUGGCUUCUUGAGCUAAGGGGGACACCCUUGGCCUCCAAGCCAGCCUUGAACCCACCUCCCUGUCCCUGGACUGUACUCCCAAGGCUCUGUAUAUUGCUGCCACAUACUCCUGCCAGCUUGGGGGAGUGUUCCUUCACCCUCACAGUAUUUAUUAUCCUGCACCACCUCACUGUUCCCCAUGGGCACACACAUACACACACCCCAAAACACAUACAUUGAAAGUGCCUCAUCUGAAUAAAAUGACUUGUGUUUCCCCUUUGGGAUCUGCUAA